CUGCAUCAAUUCGCACUGCGUGGUUCGCUCAUAGAGGGUUCGUGACAGUGCUUGCUGGCUGGCUGCAUGAUUUAUUUGUUUUGUUUCUCCCAGUGGUUCUCCUCAGCUCAGUUUCUCGGUUUCUCUCGAUUGCUGCAAUGGCUUGUGGGAAAUAAGCAUGGAAACGCUGCUUAAUUGUUGUUGUCGCCACCGGCCUGAGCUUUAGUCCCAGCGCAGGCAGGAAGUGCAGACGUUCAGUUAUGGUGUGAACCGAAUCAUGUCAGACUUGCUGCUGAAAGAGAUGGACGGACUGUCGCUUUGUCACCAAAAACAGGAUGAAGAGGAGGUCAGCGACAGGAGUUUCCUUUUGGUGGACGAACAUGAAAAUCUGCAGGUGUGUGACGAGGCGCAGUUCCUGGAGAAGCUGGGCUGCCGGGACGUCCCCAGCGUCAAGGUGGUGUCCAUCUUCGGCAACACGGGCGACGGGAAGUCCCACACGCUGAACCACGUGCUGUUCGGCGGGGAGGAGGUGUUCCGCACCUCGCCCCUGCAGAGCUCCUGCACGGUGGGCGUCUGGGCGGCCUACGACCCGGGCCUGCGGCUGGUGGCGCUGGACACGGAGGGCCUGCUGGGCGCGGCGGCGGGCGGCGGGCAGAACCAGCGCAUGCGGCUGCUGCUGAAGGUGCUGGCGGUGUCGGACGUGGUGGUGUACCGCACGCGGGCCGAGCGGCUGCACAACGACAUGUUCGAGUUCCUGGGCCGGGCCUCGGGGGCCUACCAGCAGUACUUCACCCCGGAGCUGCGCGACCUGUCCACCCGCUGCGGCCUGGAGGUGCCCCUCUCCAGCCUGGGGCCCGGCGUCAUCGUCUUUCAGGAGACGUCCCGCACCAAACUACUGGGACAGGAGAGCGAGGUCCCCGGGCAGGCCGACGCCCUGCUGCAGAAGCGCUUCCACGACCUGGGCCUGCGCACGGAGGCCUUCAGCUCCGUGCAGUACGUGGGCACCCAGACCAUCAACCCCCCCACGGACUACUCCCUGCUGCUGCGCGCCGUGCGCCAGCAAGUGGGCAACACCGCCACCCGCUCCCCCCGGCAGCCUGGCAUCGUCUUCAGAGCCCUGCAGGCCCUGAGUGACAGGUUCUGUGGGGAGAUCUCUGAUGACAAGAUGAACCUCUACUCCUUCUUUCCUGACGAGUACUUCACCUGCCCCUCCAACUGCCUCAGCUGCAAUGUGCGCUGUAAAAAUGGCAUGAACCACCUGAAGGACGGCCUCCCUCACAGAGCAGAUGGGCUGUGCCAGUAUGCCCACCAGUACAACAACAAGGUUCUCAUCUGUAAGAAAUGCUACGAGGGAGGCAGAGAGGUCAUCGUCAUCCCCAAGACCUCGGCUUCCACGGACAACCCCUGGUUCGGCCUGGCCAAGUACGCCUGGUCAGGGUAUGUGCUGGAGUGCGCUAGCUGUGGGAUUAUAUACCGCAGUCGUCAGUACUGGCUGGGGAACCAGGACCCAGAGAGCAGUGUGGUGCGGCCCGAGGUCAAGCACGUCUGGCAGGGGUCCGAGGCCUUCCUCACUGACCACCAGAACGCCGCCCAGAGGGUCCUGGACGGGAUGAACUUUGUGAUCCAGUCCGUGUCGGAGUACAGCACCGGCCCCACCAAAGCAGUCACCGCCUGGCUCACCGACCAGGUGGCGCCAACCUACUGGAGGCCCAACGCGGAAAUCAUGGAGUGUCACGGCUGCAGGAGGGCGUUUGAGGAGGCGGAGAGGAGGCACCACUGCCGGUCCUGCGGGGAGGGCUUCUGCCAGGCCUGCUCCACCCGCACCAUGCCCGUGCCCGAGAGAGGGUGGGGCAGCGCCCCCGUCAGGGUGUGCGACGCCUGCCACCGCCAGGGAGGGGCCGCCACCACCGUGAUGCAGGUAGAGCCGCGGGGACUGAUGGCCCGGAAGGUGACGGAGGUUGCACAGUCCACCCUGGAGAUGGUGACCACUGUGGUGGACUACCCCCUGGGGUUUGUGAAGAGUGUGGCGCGGCCCGAGUACUGGGUCCCGGACCAUGAGAUUGUGCAGUGCCACCACUGCUCCAAGGUCUUCACCCCCAAAAUGUCCAAACACCACUGCCGUGCGUGCGGGCAGGGGGUGUGCAGCGGCUGCUCCGCCCAGGCCCGGCCCGUGCCCUCCCGCGGGUGGGACCACCCCGUGCGCAUCUGCGACACCUGCGCCCGCCGAAAAGAGAGCCUGUAGCGGGGCCGCCCCCCCCCCUGCACCCCCGCCCCUCCCUCCAUCCCCAUCCUCUCUUAACCCAGGCUUGCAUCGCAAUCUCCCGCCGUUCCGCAGAAGAGGCCAGCUGUCCGUCAUCUACGAUGGGCGUGGCCAGCCUACGCAGAGACUCCUCCCACAACCACUGGAAAGGCGGGGCUUCAGGGAGCCGGGGGAAACGGCUGGACCGCUCGGCUCAGAUCCCAGACGAGGCCCCCCCUCCCCCCCACCCCAACGAGCAGAAACCUCCAGAACCAGGCCUCGGUCCCCUCAUGUGAGGGCUCUCUGUGUCCAGCCCCGGUCUGAGACAGGGCCUGUAGCUUUAACCCAGAGGAAAAAGCACAAAGGGGGAGACAAACUGAAAUAAGACCCCUCCCCCUAAUAUAACUGUGCCCCCUGUUAGGGCACUGAGGUCUUCAGCCACCUGGUUCACUGUAUGCACUUGAUACCCUGUGCUAGUGCGCAAGGGAAGAGCAGUCUAUAUAUAAUGAACUGCUGCGAUUGAUUAUUUGAAUUGUAACCAUAACAGCAGUAUAGCUACACAAGCCAUAAUAGCCAUUGACGUUACAUUUUAAUACAUUUAAUACAUAAUGCAUAACAUUUUUUUUUUGGCUUGAAAGUACAGUGCCCAUCUGUGUAACAUCAGUUUUGAGAAUUGUAGGCAACACCCCCGUUGGUGCGUUUUUUUGUGAAGUUUGUGUGAAUUUGUAGCAAUACUAAUAUGUCCUCCCAACGUCCUAUCUGCAUCAGGAGGGCUGCAUGUUAUUGCUAGAAGGGCACUUCUGCUUGUGUUCGGCUACUCUGAUUGGCUCGGUUAUUACCGAGUGGGGGACUUGCCGUGUGGCGACUGCCGGUUUGAGAUGCUUGCCUCCUGGGUAUCAGGACAGUGGAUGGACAUCAUGCAUUUUACAGUCACGACAGGGAAACCCGUGUUUGGUACAGGAAACUCAAGCCACGGCACUUGGGACCGAUCCAUCUAGGGUGAGCGCACUUUAGAGGAAGUGCCAUUUUGGCUCCUGCCUUUCAGACUGAAGACAGAAUUCAUCAGGACUCAUCUCUCAUCUGGACCGGACGUUGCAGGCUCCUGUUUGUACAUUAGCCCAGGUUCUGUCCUCUUUAACGCAUCUGAUCUCAUUAAUGACUUUCAAAGGGAGGACCUUCCUCUGAGGCACCGUCCUAGCUCCCAUUUUCAUUUCUAUGGUGUAAUGUUUUAAGACUCAUAUAUGAUGCAGAGUCCAUGGCUAUAGUGAUCAGUUUUUUUUCCUUUUUAGAAGGCUGAUGAUGUUUGCUGGAAAUGUGAAUGCAUUAAUCAGAAAAGCAACAUUCGGUAGAUUUGACAGCUGACUGGCCGCUGCUGUGUUUUAAAGGGAGGGGUUUUCAUUUUUAGCCUUUUCAAUCAUUUCGGACUGGAGUGGGUUUGAGGACGGGAUUCCUCCAAACCGAGUGAGAGGGAAUUCUUCAGAUUGAGGACUCAUUGCGUUUACUGUGAACUUCUGAAACUGGAUAUUUAAAAAGAAAAAGAAAAAAAAGAAAACUGGCCUUCUGUACAGACUCAAUAACGGAAUCCUUGUGCGAAACUCACAGUAUAGAUAUGCAGCGUUAGACAAUCUUUUUAUUUUUUACCAAGCUUCUUAAUAAUAAAGAAUACUGAAGCACUGUUUUUCUCUUAA